AUGGCGAGUGAUCUGGAAGUGUCUGAAAGCGAACUCCACAGCAAUGGUAACGAAUCGGUGGUUAAGACACGACUCGUGAAUAGGAAUCCAAGAAAUUUGGAACAACUUCUGUUCGACAAGAAGCCAUUGGGUUAUGAACUGGAUUUGCCUCAAAGAACCUUCUGGAACAAGAUUGUCUUCGAGAGCGGCGGUAAACACUUGACGGCAAAGAUUGUCCACAACUCGGGACGGGUUGUCGUCAGCGCCAGUACUCGCGAGACAGCCGUUGGACAGCAGCUCAAGAGUUCCAGUGGUGUGUCUGCGGCCACGAGUUUAGGACAUGUGUUGGCGUUGAGGGCCAUAGAGAGCGGUAUUCUUGAGGUGUUUGUCGGCAUUGAGUACGAGUCCAACGAAUCACUCAAAGUGAAGGCCUUUCUCAGCGCUCUUAAGGCCAAUGGACUGGUAUUAGAGGAACAGCCGAGUACUGAAAGGAGCACUGAAUUGAACACAAAUGAAGUACUGGUGCCCACGAGUGUCGGCGCUUUUGUCGGCAAUUUAGUCACAUUUGGCGACAAAUCUGUGUCCGUAUUCUUAGGCAUACCAUACGCUAAGCCACCGCUGGGUUCACUGCGAUUCAAACCUCCCGUUCCUCUCACGGAAUCCACUCAUAGAGUGUCAGCCAAUCGGUGGCCAAACCCUUGUCUCCAGAAAGACAACCACUUA